GUCCCGAAGGGGUUCGGGUGUUUCCGUCGCCGACGGUGACAUAGCCGAACCGAUGCCGAACCUGCUCGGGCUUUUCCGGCCUCGAAUGUGACCACCACUGAGCGCAGCGACAGUGGCCGUUCAACCCUCAGCCCGGAAUGGAAGGAAACCGAGAUGAGGCGGAACGCUGUACGGAAAUCGGUUUGAACGCGCUGAAACAUGGCAGCAGGGAGGAGGCACUCAAAUUCUUGCGGAAGGCUCAGAAGUUAUACCCGACGGAUAAAGUUAAAGAUUUGCUAGAAUCUUUGACGCAGAAUGGCUAUCCAUCUGGUAACUUCACACCACCAGAGGCCACAGAUUCAUCAGAAUGUCACCAAAGAAAGGGAAGCAAGUUCACUGGCUCCAGCUCUGGAGAGGCAGGAGGAGAGAUGGGUAAAAGCUAUACAGUCGAUCAGCUUGAGGCUGUGAAAAGAAUAAAAAAAUGUAAAGAUUACUAUGAAAUCCUGGGACUAAACAAAGAUGCCACAGAGGAUGACUUGAAGAAAGCCUACAGAAAACUGGCUCUAAAGUUUCAUCCGGAUAAGAACCAGGCACCAGGAGCUACAGAGGCAUUCAAAGCCAUUGGGAAUGCAUAUGCAGUGCUCAGUAAUCCAGAGAAGAGGAAACAGUACGACAUGUAUGGCGAUGAACGGCAGGCCACAAACCGGCACAGUCACGGUGCGUCAGACUACCACAGAGGGUUUGAGGCAGACAUCUCGCCUGAGGACCUCUUCAACAUGUUCUUUGGUGGCGGAUUCCCCUCUGGUAAUGUUCAUGUAUAUAGUAAUGGGCGAAUGCGUUACACGUACCACAGACCCGAGCGACGGGAACAGCAUGGUGAUGGUGGGUUGGCACUCUUUGUGCAAUUAAUGCCAAUCUUGAUCCUGGUCAUUGUCUCUGUGAUCAGUCAAAUGAUGGUGUCAAGCCCGCCGUACAGUCUGAGCCACAGGCCGUCUGUUGGUCACAUUCACAGACGGACAACGGAAGUAUUGAGGGUGCCUUAUUUUGUGGCAGGUAAAUUUGCAGAAGAAUAUACAGGACAGAACUUGAAGCUGGUGGAACGGAAUGUAGAAGAGGACUUCAUUGCAAAUUUACGGAAUAACUGCUGGAAGGAGAAACAACAGAAAGAAGGAUUGCUGUACCGUGCCCGGUACUUUGGAGAUGUAGAUCUUUAUCAGAGAGCCCAGAAAAUGGGCACACCAAGCUGCACCAGACUUUCAGAAGUUCAGGAUUCCCUACAUGGGUAGGACAGAGCCUGCUCCAUUGAUAACCAGAGACCAGCGAUAGAGACGAUAACUAAAAAAAUCUUUGAAAUUUGUCUUAAGACUGGAUUUUGAUUAGCCAGCAACACUGCUGAAAAUACUCACAGCCUAUGACCACCCUCCUACUGAACUUUUUAUUUCAUGAACUGGAUCAAGAGGCCCUGAGCUCUCUUGGACAGCACCCUGCUGUGAAAGCUACAAUACACUGGAUUCGGUCAGAGACUGAAACAACCGAAUGGAGAGACAUGACUACGCAUGAACCAAGGUUGUACAUGUGCACUUGUCACUUCUAAUGGAACAAAUAAACAAAUGCGUUAAAUUAAUGAUUUGGAAAUUAUUUAUAGUUGUAUAUACAUUGUACUUUAUGCAGGGGCUGAAAUCAAUUGUAACUUAUUUUGCUCUUCUAUAGAAAUAAAUCUGUACUGUGACAAA